AUGUCUCCAAAAGAAAAUUGGGAAAAGUAUGAUAAACAAGCUGAAGAUAAAGAAGAGGAAAAAAUUGUUGGUGAUAUCGCACUUCUAAAGACCUAUGGGCAAGGACCAUAUGCAAAAGAGUUGAAAAAGAUAGAUUCUGAUAUAAAAGAUGUACAAAAACGAAUAAAUGAAAAAAUUGGCGUUAAGGAAUCUGAUACUGGUUUGGCACCACCAAAUCUUUGGGAUAUUCCUGCUGAUAAACAAAGAAUGCAAGAAGAGCAACCAUUACAAGUUGCAAGAUGCACAAAAAUAAUUGAAGCUGGUGAAGGUGAAGAAGCAAAAUAUAUUAUAAAUGUAAAACAAAUUGCAAAAUUUGUUGUGGCAUUAGGUGAGCGCGUUUCUCCAACUGAUAUUGAAGAAGGAAUGCGUGUUGGUGUUGAUCGUAAUAAGUAUCAGAUACAAAUACCAUUACCACCAAAAAUUGAUCCUUCAGUAACAAUGAUGCAAGUCGAAGAAAAGCCCGAUGUUACAUAUAGUGAUGUUGGUGGCUGUAAAGAACAGAUUGAAAAGCUUAGAGAAGUAGUAGAAUUACCAUUGCUACAGCCAGAGCGAUUUGUAAAUUUAGGUAUUGAUCCUCCUAAAGGUGUUUUGUUAUAUGGUCCUCCUGGUACUGGUAAAACUUUAUGUGCACGCGCUGUGGCAAAUAGAACUGAUGCAACAUUUAUCAGAGUUAUUGGUUCUGAACUUGUACAAAAAUAUGUUGGAGAAGGUGCGAGAAUGGUUCGUGAACUUGUAUUAAAAUUGGCAAAACAAGUUGGUUAUUUCCCUGUAUUUAGUACAUUGGUAUCCAUGUCAAAUUUAAUUGAUGGAUUGGCAAGUGCAACGAUUGGUCAAAAGACCGGAUUUUCUUCAACGACUGAUUCUGAAAUCAAAAAGAUUCUCGAUGCAUUGGCAAUUGCUUUACAUGAUGUAGCACCUGAAAAGUUAAGGAAAAGUACUCGUUAUAAUCAAAAAAAGAAGCAUGAUUUUAUCACGACAUCAAUUGUUGAAUCUUAUGAUCCAGCCGAUAUUCCAAUUGUUGUGAUUGAUGAUUAUAUGAUUAAAGAUAAGGAAAAUCAUGAACUUUGGGAUCAUUUGGCUAAAUUAGCUGCAAUCCUUGUAGAAAAUAGAGUUGCUCAUGUGGUUUUCGUUGGUUCAAACGUUGGUAUUGUAAAGCAUUUAAAUAAAGCACUUCCAAACAAAACAUUUAAUUUUGUUAAUCUUUCUGAUGCGCCAUAUGAACGAGCCAUUAGUUUGGUAAAGAGUCACGUACCUGAUAAAGAAGAUAAAGGACUUGAUGGGGCUGUAAAUGCACUUGGUGGCCGUUUAACUGAUUUGAAAUUAUUUAUUAAUAAAAUAAGUAGUGGUCAAAGUUCUCAAGAUGCCAAAACUAUUCCUUGGAGUGGUAUACAAUUUUGGAAAAUAGUGAAAGAUUUGGCUAAAGGAGAACCUGUACCAUAUGAUAAAAUUAAAUAUUCAUCAAUAUUUAAAGGUGAUGAUACCUCAAUAAGGGCUAUGGAACAAGCCGAAUUGAUUUCAGUUUCACAAUUAGAUGGACGACCUGAUUUUAUAAGAUUAGGAAAGCCACUUUAUCAAGUAGCUUUUCAACAAAUCAUAUCCGACAAAUUAUUUGCAGCAACAAUGGAACUUCAAACAUAUAAAUAUCUUUUUGAAUUUGAAACAGAUAAAAUUAAAAAAUAUGAACAAGAGCUUGAAAGUUUGGGACAAUUAUUUGUUAAACAAGAAGGAAAAUGGUUGUUUGGUAGUGGUCGCGUUCCUGCUAUUGUUGAUCAACGAGUUAAAUUUCUAUUGGAAUUGGUACAAAAAAGUCAUGUUCGUACUGUUGAUUAUGAAAAAAAUAUUGAAGAAUUGAAAAAAUUUAUUGCUUCUGGUGGAACUUCGUAA